CUGAGGACGGCAGUGAAACAAGAGCUCCUGGCACCAUUUAUCACCGUUGAUAUGAACUUCUUAGAUUUCCAUGCAUGCAUGCAUACAAUCUAUUAAUAUUCUAUUAUCAUGUCAUGGAUCGCGUCCUCCUCCCAGUACUCCACAGGCGGAGCAGGAGUGUCAAAAAGUUCAAGACUCCCUCCAGUAAAGUCUUUUUGAAUUUUUGGUCUGUAGAUUUUCAGCUGAACAUUGGAGCCUUCCCACCAUGGCCGCUGCACCCUGAGGGGAGAUGGAUUUAGAGGUGAAGGAUGAAAACGGGUCGAGUUGUGUGUCCCGGAAUGAGAGCGAGCGCGGACUGAGCGCGUCCUCCGCCGGAGUGUCCACUGCGCUGGCCAGCGUGCUGAUCUUCACCAUCGUGGUAGACAUCCUGGGCAAUGUCCUCGUCAUCUUGUCCGUGUACAGGAACAAAAAGCUCAGAAAUGCAGGCAACAUCUUCGUGGUGAGUUUAUGCGUAGCAGACCUGGUGGUGGCGUUGUACCCCUACCCUCUGGUCCUGAUAGCUAUUUUCCACAAUGACUGGACCAUGGGUGACUUGCACUGCCAGGCCAGCGGCUUCAUCAUGGGCCUAAGCGUCAUCGGCUCCAUCUUCAACAUCACGGCCAUCGCCAUCAACCGGUACUGCUACAUCUGCCACAGCCUCCACUACGACCGCCUGUACAGCCUGAGGAAGACCUGCUGCUACCUUGGCCUCACCUGGCUGCUCACCGCCCUCGCCACUGUGCCCAACUUCUUUGUCGGCUCUCUGCAGUACGACCCUCGGAUCUACUCCUGCACCUUUGCCCAGACGGUCAGCUCAUACUACACCAUCUCAGUGGUGAUUAUUCACUUUCUGAUCCCGCUGCUGGUGGUGUCCUACUGCUACAUGAGGAUAUGGGUGCUGGUGAUUCAAGUGAAACAUCGGGUUAAACCAGACCAAGGGACCAAACUGAAACCUAGUGAUGUGAGGAACUUCCUUACUAUGUUUGUGGUGUUUGUAUUGUUUGCAGUGUGCUGGGCUCCACUGAACCUCAUAGGCCUGGCUGUAGCUAUAAACCCUGCAAAGGUUGCGCCAUACAUACCUGAGUGGCUCUUUGUCACAAGCUACUUUAUGGCGUACUUCAACAGCUGUCUCAAUGCCGUCAUAUAUGGACUACUAAACCAAAACUUCCGUAAGGAAUACAAGACAAUCGUCCUUUCUAUUUGUAUCCCUCGUUUGUUCCUUAUGGAGACCUCCAAGUGUGCCACAGAGGGACUGAAGAGUAAGCCUUCUCCAGCUGUAACCAACAACAAUGUAGCAGAGAUAAAUGUAUGAACUUAAUAUUUCACUGGGAAACACAGAUUCACUUUCUCUGGAGCCUCGUUGUGGACGUGUGCCAUGAUUUACUCAGUGCCUUGUCACAAGAUGUGUUUCAUUUUCCAGUUGUAAAGAUGUUAUUGUAUUUGGAAAGAACACUGCUGCCAUCCCAUUCCUUUUAUCCAUGUCAGACACCGUUCCCUCAUAUAGAGAGAACAAAAAGGAAUUGUAUCACCGGUACAUUGGGCUCCUUUGUGACCCUGCACUCUAUUUAAAGACAGACCAUCUGGUUCACAAGCAAGAAAA